AUGUACUCUGACCUCACACCCUCUCCUGCUCAUUCCGGGCAGGGCCUGCUGCUGCUUGCUUCCGUAACCCCAAUGGGAGAUCUCAACCCUGCCUUGGCGAUACUCCCGGGGCCUCCAAGAUUUAAGGGAGGCUGGAUUGUUACACACUCCAAGAGGCAGGGUUCAAAGAUGCAUCUUUCAGUCUACAUCCUUCAGAAUCCCCCAAGUCAAACACCUAAAUUUGUAUCGGAAGUUAGUCUGAUGGCCAUUUUUCCUGAUGAGGAGGAGGAAGGGGGUGAAGGAAGAGCGCAAGGGAAAAAUAACACAAGAGUCGCACAGGGAGUGCAAGCUGGAGACACUUCGCCGCCGAUAGAAAAGAGGACUUCGGCGGACGGCUUGCAGCACACGGUGCCACACUGCGCCAGCCCUUCCUCCCCUCACACGCCUCCUCCUCCUCCUCUCCCUCCUCCUCCUCCGCGAGCCCGGCGCACCAAGCUGGCCCUGCGGCCGGGCCGCUGCUCCGGCCCGAGCACCGCAGGAGCGCUGCGGCUCAGCUGGGGCGCACCCAGCGAGCAGCAAGAGUCGCGGCGUCCCGAGCUCCCGCCGAUCCCGUGGUCACCGCGGCUGGCCUGGGGACCCGAAGGGCGGGACGGCUGCACCUCCGGGUGUGUGUGUGGGGGGGCAGUUUUGAGUUCGGAGAGUGGCUGGGAUUCCCGAAGCUCGGGGCCGGGGCGAUUGCUGCAGCCUCGGCUGGGCAGCCGCCGGAUCAAACCCCGGGAGAGGGAAGCAAAUGCAUGGAACCUCCGCAAAUUGGAUGAGAAUCCAUCUUCCACUCGAGCUAGGAAUAGACUUUGUAAAAGAUACUAUGUAAUGGAGUCUCGGAAAGCUCGAGACGUCUCCAGCGAAGCUGCUGGGGAAUUAAUUAAGUGCUUUAAACGGUCUAGCUGUCAGAAAAGGUUCUCGCAGUGAAGGCUGUGAUCGCUGAUGGGGUGUGAAGCAGUGAUCGGCUCCCUAGUGGCCCACCAUUCACAGGAUUGUACCAACGUUAAUAAAAUUAAUGGACUGACAAAAAGUGACUUGAAUCAGUGUGAAAAGAAAAAUCGAUCGUGUGGCAGGUGUGAAGUGGGAAUGGCUGGCCAGCCCUCUGAUCCAAGAUGGUCUGGCUGCAGGAAGGUGGCAGCCAAGUGGAUCCUGAAAAUCGUGACUAAUGAACCAGAAGUUAAUAGCAUGGCAGUAUAAGGAGAAAGGAAACAGAUGCCUUUGAAAUCUUAUGUUUGUGAAACAAAUUGAUACUUAACAAAUAUUUUGGUUUAACCACUUUAAUCCUGAACCAAAAAGCCAAAGUUACCUGUAAAAUAUUCUCAUGUCACUGACAGAAAACUAAAUGUUUCUCACCUA